UUUCCUACGUCCGUAAACGUAUCGGGAUUCCAGAGUGGAUCAUGGCAGCCUGAACGAACAAGAUCAGUAAUUAUUCUAAGGAUAAAUACAAGGACGAGGAUGAGGAUAGGAUGGCUUUGUUCCUGCUGCCUCUGCUUUUCUUUAGUUUCGUCUGCAAUGAAACACUCACUGCAGUAUCUUGUCACUGCAUCCUCUGGAGUCCUGAACAUCCCGGAGUUUAUGGGUGUUAUGCUGCUUGAUGGCAUUCAGAUGGCUUACUGUGACAGCAACAACAGGAUAUUGGAAUUAAGACAGGACUGGGUGAAGAAAAUCUUAGAGAACAACACUCAGUUGUUUGAAAUGUAUACUCGGCACUGCUUUGUGAUUCAGCCAAGUACCUUCGGAGCCCGAAUGUCCAGCUUGAAGGAGCAGUUCCAGCAAAGUGGAGGUGUCCACAUUUUACAGAUGAUAGAAGGAUGUGAAUGGGAUGAAAACACCGGAGAGGCGACCGGUAUUUUACGGUACGGCUAUGACGGAGAAGACUUGGUUGAAUUUGACCUGAAGACACUGAUGUGGACCGCAGUGAAGGCCGAAGCUGAAGUUACCAAACAGAAGUGGGACACUGACAAAAGGAGAACACAGAACAAUGAAAACCUCCUCAAAAACAUGUAUCCAAAGUGGCUGAAGCUGUAUUUGUCCUAUGGGAACAGCUCCCUGCAGAGAACAGUUCUUCCCUCAGUGUCUCUCCUCCAGAAGUCUCCCUCCUCUCCAAUCAGCUGCCACGCUACAGGUUUCUACCCUCACAGAGCCAUGAUGUUCUGGAGGAAAGAUGGAGAAGAGAUCCAUGAAGGUGUGGAUCCUGGAGAGAUCCUCCCCAACAAUGAUGGGACCGUCCAGAUGAGUGUCGAUCUGAAUGUUUCAUCAGUCACACCUGCAGACUGGAGCAGGUACGAGUGUGUGUUUCAGCUCUCUGAGGACGCCAUCAUCACCAAACUGGAUACAAAAGUGAUCAGAACCAACUGGGGCAAAACCCAAAUAAAGAUGCCCUCUGACAUGACCAUCACCAUCAUCAUCAUCAUCUUUGUUGUUGUCGUCCUCGUUGCUGCAGUUGCAUUUGUUGUUUACAAAAAGAAGACAGAAACACACCGCAGCAGGGUGCCAGUGAGUGAGAGGCAGUCAGGUCACCAGUCUGUCACAGGGCUAACGCUGAUAGACCACCAUUAAUGCCCACAUUCACACUAAACUGAACCCUGUGGAUGUCUUUGGACUGUGGGAGGGAGCUGAAGGAGGAAGCUCCUGUGGAGAAAUGCCACACAGAAAGGACCCCGACUGGAUUCAGGUUCAAGACCGUUAAAAAUGUUUUUUAUUGUUAUUGUCUAUAAAAUCCAGUCCAGGAUCAGUGGGACUAACAGUGUGAUGUGGAUUUUACAGCUACAUAUACAUAUAUAAUAUCUUAUAUUAGAAUGAUAUUAUAUCAGCUUCAUAUAUCAAACAUCGAUUUAUUUUGUUUUUUCUUGAUUGUCUGCAGUAUUGUCCGCAGCAUUUGAAGUGCGACUCAUUGUAGAUGAAUGUGGUUAAUGCUUCAGAUGGUUUAGACAGUUUUUGUCAUUUUUCAUUAAACUGUCCUAAAAUGUAACUUCAUAUCUGAGUGUUUCUCAGGUUUACACUCGUCGGUUAGUCUAAUUUUUUCAUUGUUUGGUCAGCAAUGAAAUUAAUCUCCAGGAUCAUCUCUAAUCAUCUUACAAUAUAAAACGCCUAUAAAAAACGCUAUAAAAAUAAAAUUGAAUCUUUGAACUCUUAAGACUGAAGUUAAGAGCAGAAAUAAUCAGUAGUCAUUCUUUUAUUAACAGUUCAUAUGUUUGUGGUAUUUUUCUGAGCAGCGUGCGAUCACUGAGUUGUUACUGAAACAGUCAAACAUGAAUCUGCUCUCAGCAGUUUCUCAGCUGGACCUUUUAUUCCUUUAAGUGCUCAAAGAAUUGUGGUUCAGUUCAGUUUUCAAUUCUGCCUGAUAUUUCAUUAAGACAUGUGACUCCAGGAGCUGUUGGCUGCAAGUUAACGUGUGUGUUUAUUUUUAAAUGUGUGAUUUUUAAAGCUUUCUGUGUUUGGAGCUCUUCUGCUAAUUUGAAUGUCUCCGUUUGUUAACGGGAGACUGACCUUUCACCUUUAGUCCUCCCAAACUGUGACACUCAUUCAGAUCAGAUGGCGCCAUCAUCGGUUCUCAUGUUGUGUGUGUGCUUUAGAAGUGCUAAAGUUGGCACAAAUACACAACUGUUAAUUGUGUCCAAAUGUAUAAAAAUAGGUUUGUCAUUAUACACAAAAUAAACUCCUUCAUUUUUUAAA